AUGACCAGCAACAAGCGCGAAGCCGACGCGCCGGCCGCUGCUCCUCGAGAAGGGACGCCCUCGAAACGACCACGCAUCGAUGACGGCGCGUCCGUGGCGCCUGUGCCGGCUGUGAAGGAUAUUUCGGAUGCCUCUGUCGCGACUGGCCAGGCCGGCGAAGCGCCAUCGAGUCCAUUCAACCCGAAAGAGGCGGAUUCACCAUCGGUCAGGGGAAAGAAGGCGGGAGGGGGAAGAGGCGGCGGGCGCGGCGGUGGGCGAGGCGGGAAAGGCGGGAAGGGUGGUGGCAAGCCCGACAGUCGGUCAGGCGGAAGCAGGAAUGCCGAGGCGGCGGCCAACAAGGCGAAGAAGGACGGCUUGAAGGAGGGAGACGGCGGAGCGGCGGGCAAGAACGCUGGGGGAUCUGCUUCAGGUGCUGGAGGAGACGACAAGAGCGACAGGCUGCCGAAGCGGAAGGUCGCGGUGCUCAUUGGCUACAACGGGAUCGGCUACAAGGGCAGCCAGAUCAACCCUUCGCAAGCGACGAUCGAGGGCGAGGUGUUCAAAGCGUUCGUUGCGGCUGGCGCCGUCAGCGAGGACAACUCGACAAGCCCGCAGAAGGUCUCCCUCGCGCGAGCGGCACGAACGGAUGCGGGCGUCCACGCCGCCAUGAAUGUCCUCACCCUGAAGCUUAUUCUCCAACCCGCUUCGAAGAAACCGGACACGUCGAUUGAAGAGCACAUCAACUCGUUCUUGCCGCCUGGCGUACGCAUCUGGAAGACGCUGCGAGUGCAGGGCUCGUUCGACCCGCGACGAGGAUGCGACCAGCGGCACUACCAGUACACCCUGCCGACGCACGUCUUCCUCGGGCCGAAAUCGGGUACGCCGAUGAGCGACAUGCUCGAGCGCGUUCGAGCCGAGACUUCGUCGACUGCUGCGUCGUCCACCACCGCCGAGGCCUCCCCCGUGAUCGCGGCGUCGAAGGCGUUCUGGUCGUCGCGGCCAGCGGACUGCGCCUUCACCGAUGACAUCCAAGCGAAGAAGGCGUGGCGAAUGCCACAAGAAGUACUGGACCAGGCCAAGUCAUUCAUCGCGGCGUACGAGGGCUCGCACAACUACUACAACUUCACCGUUGGCAAGGACUUCCGGGAUCGAAGCUGCCAGCGCGUCAUGCGCAAGCUUGAGCUCUCCGAGCCGUUCGUUGUCAACGACACCGAGUACAUCUCCGUCUCCUUCCUCGGGCAAUCCUUCAUGCUGCACCAGAUCCGCAAGAUGAUCGGCCUCUUCGUCCUCGCCGUCCGAUCCGCUACUCCUCCCUCGCUCGUCCCCGAGACUUUCGGACCCUCGCGCAUCCACAUCCCGAAGGCGCCCGGUCUCGGUCUCCUGCUCCUGGAACCGCAGUACAUCGAGUACAACAAGCGCGUCGGCGAGGCGAACGCCAAGCUUGACGAGCUGCUGAGUGCAGGCAGGAUCGACGACAAGGCGCACAAGGACCAGAUUCGGGACGCGAUCGACCCGACGCAGCUCGGCUUGAUGGACAAGAUCGAGGAGUUCAAGCGCGAGCAGGUGUACAAGCGCAUGUGGGAUGUCGAGGAGAAGGACCUCGUCUUUGCCAAGUGGCUCCAGUACCUUGACAUGUACUCGGGACCCGACUUUGAAUACCUCAACCCGAAGGGCGUCAUCCCAGCGUCAGCGACUUAUAAAAAGGGCGAGAACCCCGAGAUGAACCGCCGCGUGGACGGCGAGCAGACUCGUGCGCCAGGAGAAGCGGAUGAGGAGCAGGAUGCAGCAGGAGGCGACGACGAGUAG